AUUUAUUCUUCUUUGAAAUAACUGAUUCAUAGAAAUAUUGAUAAGAUUGAGCUUUUGCGUUUCAAGCAGAAAACCAAAAAUUGCAAAGUGAAAUUAUUCCAUUAGAGUUACUAAUGGAGAACGAUUAAAAUUUACAAUGUCCGAUAGAUUUAUAAAUCAAUACGAAUGGAAGGAGAGGGCGUUAAAUUUCCAAACCGAUUUAGCAAGUGGUCCACUCGCAUCGGCAAUGUGGGAUAGAUUUUACAUCGACAAUGCGACAAAUAAAGAGCAUCUUCAUAAUAAAAUCAAAAUCGCUCUAUUUGGAAAUACAGAAAACAUCUCGAAGGAACAAAAAGAAUUAAUGACUCUAAUACAAGAGAAAUUUAUCGAUAAAAGUUGUUACGGAAACACUGUUCAACUAGCAAUUGUCUACGUGUCAAUAUUAUUCGAAAGCAAAGCCGAAUAUAUUUUUCCAAUUUUUCGCAUACGAACAAAUACGGAAAAUCUUUCCGAUUUCUGUAUUAUCGAUCAUUUGGGAAGAGUGUAUAGUGAUCUCUCCAGUUAUAGGGAGACGAAUACUUGGGAUAUGUCCUAUUUAGUGCUUCCAAAAAACGGAAUUUACAAUUUAGUUGAAGGAAAGUGUGAUAUCGAAUUCUGGAAUCAAUCAGAACGGGGUUUACUUUUAUCAGUCGCUGAUCAAACGGCGACAACUGUUGGAAUUGGCAGUACGGUUGGAAUGGUAGCAGGAUUGGGUUUGUCAUUGUUUCCGCUAACAAUGCCCGUUGGGGUUGCUGUCCUAUCAACAGCAGGUUCAUUCGGAGCUGCUAGUGGAGUUUACGGAGCAGGACGUGCAAUCCACACUCUCCAGGAUCGUAAAAAUCACGAAUUGUCCAUUAGCUUUUUCGACAAGGAAGCCCGAGGUUGUUGGAUAUCGAUAGCAUCCUCAAGUGUCUCGUUCAUAUCAAUGGGAGCACAGGAAUUAAUUGCUCCAAAAUUAAUCCAAAGCGCACAAUUAGGACACAAAUGUUCUUUGGUAAUGACAGCGACCUACACAACAAUCUCCGUAGCAUCUCUAAGUGUGAACGCUGUCGGUUUCCUAAAUCUAAUUUACGACGUCGCGACAAAGGAUAAAGUCACAAAACAAGAUAUUUUGAAUCUAAUGACAACGACAUUUUUCUUCUUCCACGCGGCUAUGAAUUUUCAAACCGCCAGCAGUGUCAUCAAACGUGCCCAACAAAUGGAAUUGUCCAAACUCAAGGAACCGUUAACACCCGAGCAGCAGGAGAUUUUUGACUCCCUUCGCGAGGCUCAUUGGGAGAAUGUCGAAAUCGGCGAGAUUGAUAAACAAGAAGGCGAUCGAAAGUACAUUCGCGAACUAAAGAACAUCGAGAAUAUCGAACAAUUCUUUCAGCAAUUCAAUCUGACAAGUGAUGGCCAACUAAGAAUCAAUGGCGAGUUAACGAUCCACCAACGAGCGUUCAUACAAAUCCCCGAACAGGAACGAUUAACAAUUCUCGAGAAUUUGUCCAAGUUGAACAAAAAUCAAAUUACACUCGACGAAUUUCGUUCGCGAACCGAAACUACAAGACGAACCUAUCUAAUAACCCUCGACAGAGAACGAACCGAUUUCAAAGCCCAAAUAACCAGUGCCUUUGGCGAGAACUUCGAGAACAUUGAACUAAACGGUAGGAAGAUAUUCCUCAACAUAAAAGCCCACGAAAUCGAUCGUCUCCAUCAAGUGACCAAACAUUCCCUAAACAACGAUCCCGAUUUCAUCCUCCUAGGCAAGGAAUUCUCCUCUGAGAUGAAUGCCCAAAAUAUCACCGAAUUUUGCGCAACCUCCGAAUACGCAGUAAGACAAGUACAACGUGAAGUGAGCAAUCGCAUCAAACAAAAUCCAAAUCCAUCCCGUCCUUCUGGAAUAAAAGCAAAAGAUUACUACAAAUCGCAAAUAAUUCACGAGUUAAAAGACAAUAAUUAUCAACAACUUAAAGAAUCGUUCGAAAAUUUGAAAAACGACUGUGACGCAAUUAAUGGAAAGAUGUUUAAUAGUUUUGGAAAUUCGUACGCGGCUGCUAAUCAUUAUGACAAACAUCAAGUACUACCGGCUGUCGAUGGGAAAAAUGCGCUAACGCCAAAUCAAUAUUUUGAAAUUGCCAACGAUAUGGUGUCGCAGAAUUUCUGUGAAAUUGAAUGGACACAGGAUGGUUCGAGUUUGAAGUGUACAUUCAAGAAUGAUCAAUUAUUGGCUAUUAAAUUUGAAAAUGUCACACAAGGAGAAAGUGUUAUUGCAACGCUAAUGGAUACCAAGAAGAAUACUCCAAUUGCAAAGAAAUAUUGUUACUAUCCGAAAAAUUCAAUUGGAGCAUACUAUGUCGAUUUUCAUGAUGUUCCUGGGUUUAGUGAAUAAAAUUGAAAAUACGAAGUUUAUUAAUUUGCCAAAAGUAUUUUUUUGUACAUUCAAUAUAUUUUCAAGUCAGUAAUUUUAUACCUACUAAUUUUAUUUUAUUCCUUAAGGGAAUUAAAUAAUUGAAGUUCUCUGAAUAAUAAGAAUAAUUAUUUAAUUAAGAAUUAAGGGAAUUUUGAAGUUCUCUGAAUAAUAGGAAUAAUUAUUUCAACAAGAAUAAAGUAAAAUCGUGAAUUUUGAAAUUUAAUUUUGAAGAAGUUACAAAUGAAUGCAGAAAUUUAAU